CAAUCUGAAAUUCAGAGCGUGGAACGCCCUACAUUUCAGAGGAGACUUUGGGCAGUUCGAGAAAGCAGGAAGGACAAAGGUGGAAGAAACGAUGGAAGAGAAUACAAAACACUUGCUUUCUGCUGCUGCUAUCCCUCACCAACACACCAAGUUCGACACUUAGCCUCUAUCGCGACAGAUAUGCAUAAAACUUAGAGAGUGGCAGUGCGCAACCGGGCUUAGAUGGUAAGGGGGUAUGAUUAGUCUGAUCGCCCUGCGCUUGUGCGGCUGUGAAAGUUCCACAGGUCGCACCUUCAGAAUGCGUGGAAUUUGACAGUUCCGCCACGGGAUUUUUCCAUACCAGUCGGACAGCCAGGUCAAAUUUUUGCGCAAUCUGGAUUGCUCAGGGAUUUCCUUGGAAACGUCCGGAAUCAGUCAGGAGGUUGGGAAGGCCGAAAUCCUCAAAAUCAGGAUUUCAGCGAAAAAUACCCGGAAUGUACCUGACAUUCCGGAUAUUUACCCUUGAACGGAGAGCCCUGUUCAAGACCAUCUUUUUUCCCAUCUUUUUUCUCCGCUUGGCGCGCUAUGUGGCGCUUUAGAUGUCUCCUCACCCCGCCAUUCGUGCUGCCGAAACCAGAGUGCUUCGGCGAUAAUCAACAAUUAAAGUCACAAAGCUGGACGACGCCGUUUGAGCCUUUCGCCUAGUGCUGCCUCUCCGCGCUCGCCACUUCCUGCUUGGCUUUCGCCCAUCCGUGCCUUCCCCGUCGCAAAGUCCGUUCCUAAUCCGUGCCUGUCUCGUCGCUGGGCGUUUUUUUUUUUUUUUUUUUUGGAGUCUUAGGGCCGCCAAGUUGGGUGCUAUCGACCCUCCAGAUCAGGAAGUAGCCCCUUGAGGCGCGCAGCGUUCUUCGUUCGCGCACGAGGGCACGAGGGCAGCUCAGGAGGUCGCCCCGCUGGUUGUUCCCGCGAAGGCGCGUCUAGCCGCCAGGGCUCGUCGUGCCCUAGCAGCGGAGGGCUCGGCGCGCAGCUGCGAGGUGCUGCUCUCCAUUCCCUUGCGACAACCGUCAUUUGAACGCGUCUGCCUGUCUGCCGGCCACCUAGAUUGCCGGUCACCGUCAUGAGGGUUGCCGGACCUGCCGGCGCCGCUCCUCUGCGAAUCUCAGUGGCACUUGCCGCCGUGCUGUGGCAGGGUGAGAGGCACUGAAGGCGCUGGAAGGUGAUUGAAUCGAGAGCGCUUCAAGCGGAUCCCAGCAGCACGUGGUGGUGGUGGCGAUGGCGACCACGCGUACAGGCGUCUACGUGGACGACUUCCUCGCAGAAGUGUCCUCCCUGCCGCACGAGCUGCAGCGCAUGCUGUCCCUCAUGAGGGAGCUGGACGGCAGAUGCCAAGCUCUCCGCAGUGAGAUUCAGAGUGAUAUUCGGGUGGGGCUCACCGCUAUAGAAGAGAGGGAGGCGGCGCAUAGGGGGGGUGACGACAGUGCUGAUGAUGGGGAAGUGGGAGGUGAGGGCGAUGGUGAGAGUGAGAAUGGUGGAGACGACAGUGAUGACGCUGAUUCCGCUGAUGCUGCUGACGAUGCUGCUGCCACGGGUGCUCUUGAUGCUACUCCUGCUCCUGAGCCCGAGGGGGGGGGGAAGGGGAAGGGGCGAUGAGAGACGAGCAGCCCGGGGAUGAGAGACCGAAGCGGGGGGGGAGCGACGCGCAAGAUGACAUGUCUCCUUUGCCGGGCAGCGCACCGGCACUGAAGGCGCUUGUGAAGGGGACGGCAGACGAGCCAGGAAGGCAGACUCACCUUACCCUUGAUCCCUCACCAUCCCCACAUACGUCAGCAGGAGGGGGAGGGGGGGAGAGGCGGCCGAGGGGGAGGCCGAGGAAGAGGGGGAGGGGGGAGAGGGAGGGGGGGGGAGGAGAGGGGUGGGUGGGUGGUUCAGUGAAGGCGGAAGAAGAGAUGGAGGAGGGCGGGACGAGGAAGAGCAUUGGAAAGAAGCGACCCCGAGCACAGCAUCAGCAGCAGCAGCAGCAGCAGCAGCAGCAGGUGAGAGAGCAGGAGGGUGAGAGCAAGGAGGGGAUUGUGGUGGUUAAGGCGGAGGCGGCAGCAGCGGUGCAUCCUACGUGUGCUCCGAGCCAUGAAGGACGGCUGGCGGACGGAGCGGGAGGGGCGCGGCCCGACGACCAGGGUGUGCAGAGGGAUGAUCGACAUGAUGACGUCAGAAAUGAUGUCAGCGGCGAUGUCAGCGACGAGAAGGCUGCUGCUCUGCAGAGGCUGAGGGAGGAAAUUUCCGAGAAGCAGCAGAAGAUGCAGGCGCUAUGUGAUGAGAAGGUCAUUCUGGCGCAGCAAGUGAGCGCGCUGGUGAGUUCAGGGGGGAGGGGUUGGGGGGGGUCGGCGGAGGAGGAGGACGACGACGACGACGACGAGGAAGAGGAGGAGGAGGAGGAGGAGGAGGAGGAGGAGGAGGAGGAGGAGGAGGAGGAGGAGGAGGAGGAGGAGGAGGAGGAGGAGGAGGAGGAGGAGGAGGAGGAGGAGGAGGAGGAGGAGGAGGAGGAGGAGGAGGAGGAGGAGGAGGAGGAGGAGGAGGAGGAGGAGGAGGAGGAGGAGGAGGAGGAGGAGGAGGAGGAGGAGGAGGAGGAGGAGGAGGAGGAGGAGGAGGAGGAGGAGGAGGAGGAGGAGGAGGAGGAGGAGGAGGAGGAGGAGGAGGAGGAGGAGGAGGAGGAGGAGGAGGAGGAGGAGGAGGAGGAGGAGGAGGAGGAGGAGGAGGAGGAGGAGGAGGAGGAGGAGGAGGAGGAGGAGGAGGAGGAGGAGGAGGAGGAGGAGGAAGAGGAGGAGGACGAUGAGCAGCAACUGGAGAGCCACCUGCGCAGCUUGAACCAGGAGCUGCUGCAGUUCGAAGAGGACCUCAAGCAAGAUGGACGGUUCAUCGUAGACGACCCCAUCACGCCCUUUCCCGACCGUCGGAUCCUCCCCUCCUCCACCUCCACCACCCCCCUCCGCACCCCUUCUCCCUCCCCCAGCCUCACUCCCCGUCGCCCCCUGCCUCCCCUUGCUGCCUCCCCAGCGGUAGGGGGAGGUGGGGGCAGGGGCUGGGGGGAACCAAAAGGGGACGGCAGAGGGGUGAGUGCGGUUGCUGUUUUGGCUUUUGGAAAUGGUGGGGAAGAGGGAGGGGCCGGGAGAGGGGGAGGAGGAGGAGGACGAGGAGAAGUAAAUCUGGGUACCUUGGGAGGAGUGCUGGACGAGGGGUUGAAGGGGGAGGCGUGGCACGUGAGGCGCGAGGGGGAGGCAGGGCGGGAGAGGGAGAGGGAGAGGGAGAGGGAGAGGGAGAGGGAGAGGGAGAGGGAGAGGGAGAGGGCGGGGCGAGAUGCGGGCCUGAUGCCGCCUCCUGCUGCCGUGCCGCCAUCGCGCAGGAAGGGCGGGAUGGGCAGGGGCUUGGUGGCGGGAGCAGCUGGUGUCGGGAGGGAGGUGCCUGAGGGGGGGUCGGCAGAUCAGGCGUACGAGCCAACAUACUGCAUAUGUGGACAGGUGUCUUUCGGAGACAUGAUUGCAUGCGAUAAUGAGAACUGCGAGGGCGGCGAGUGGUUCCACUACGAGUGUGUGGGGCUCAACAUGGCCAUGCAGAGGAUCCACGACAAGUGGUUCUGCCCGCACUGCACCUCCCUGCACCGCAAGGGGGUGCUUCACCUGCCGCCAUAGGGGCAUGGCAAUGGCAUGCUCAAACACUCCUGCAUCAGUGCCUGAUUGCCCCACUGUUUUCGGUACCGGUACCAGUAAUUCUUCAGGAGUAUAAAACCAAAUUCUCCCCAUUUGUUACUAAUGAUUCAUCAGAGCGCGGGUGUUGUCGGUUUCACUUGUCAGUUAGUAUGCAAAUGGCUGCCGAGCCAAGUGUGCUCAAGAACUGGCAACUUGGGUGAGCACCG